AUGACUGGUUCACCAAUGACUCUGUUUCUUCGUAGUUGGCUUGGAAUAUCGCUCAGUAAUUCACCAUUCGGAUGUAGAAUUCUAUCUUUUUAUAUCUAUUCAUCAGCAUUAUUUGUUACACUUAUGUUAAUAUUUGCUGCAAUUGAUCGAUUUUUUGCAAGUUCAUCCUCGGCACAUUUACGCAAUUUGAGUAAAGUACAUGUGGCACAAAAAGUCAUAAUUAUUGCUGGAAUUUUUACCAUAAUUUAUUCGAGUCCAUUUAUUAUCAUACAGUAUUGGGAUUAUACUACGAAUCGAUGUUCACAAUUAUCAACAACAAUCAUUGUUCUCUAUCUUUCAAGUCGAGUUGUUAUAUAUUAUUUAAUGGCACCAUUGACUAUGGCCAUAUUUGGUCUCUUAACUAUUUAUAAUAUCCGAAGUCAAAAAGGUCGUGUGGCACCAGCUGUAAUCAACAGAGUUCAGCUAAAUCAUCAACGUCGUAGAGACGGUCAAUUGGCUCGAAUGUUAAUUAUUCAAAAACUCAAAACAAUCGAAGAAAGACUACUAAAUACAACAGUACAUCUACUCAUUCAAAUUGAUAUUUGGUUUUGA